AUUAAAUACAAUUAUUUGUGUGUCAGCCAGGUAUCUCAUCCUUGUCACACCAGUGUUAUGAUUUUUCCAGAUAUGACCCUGUGUUGCACUCAAUGUUUUCAGCAACAAAUAUAUACCACGUACCGAGAAACGAAAGCGAAACUAGGAUGACGUCAUAGGUAUGUUUGGAGUGAUCAUCAGUGGGCCUCAGCUGUGAGGGAUAUAUACGCCAUCUGUGUCCUCCUCCACUGCCGCCGUUGUUGCUGAUGUUGAUGCUGCUGCUGUAACCUUCACUUGGAUGUCUUUUGGCUCGCAGACAACAUAGGCAGUUAUGAAGAAGCUUUGGGCACCGAAAGGUCUACCUCCUGCUUUACCGGUUGUCAAGAAGGUGAAGACAAAAGGCGGUUUACAAAUAAAUAGUCAAAUACAACUGGUCGAUGGAGAGAUAGCCAAACAACAGGCUGACGUCCUGGUGAACACAACCGGGACUGAUGUCAACCUCCUGGCUGGAACCGUCUCCUACACCUUCCUGGAGGCAGGAGGGAAAGAGCUGCAGGAUGAGCUGACCAGAGCAUGUCCUUCUGGACUGAAGGUCGGUGGCGUAGCGCAGACCACGGGAGGGACACUACAGUGCCAGAAGGUGUUCCACGUUGUGUUGAAGCAGUGGAUGAAUAAAAAUGAUGAGGCAGAACAGAUACUUAAGGAUGUUGUCACCAAGUGCCUGGAGAUGGCUUCCAAACAAAACUUCCAGUCCAUUGCCCUGCCUGCACUUGGAGCAGGGUUUCAGAGAUUCCCAGGCACACGGUCUGCAGACAUCAUGUUUACUGCCACUGAAACAUUCCUGCAGAACAACAAAGGCUCCACUCUUAAAACCGUCAAAUUUGUCUUUCAUCGAGGUGACGAUAUGCUAAGAAAGGACUUCGAGGCAAGAAGGGAUGGUGUGUCGGUAGUCCAUGAGAGUCGUGUCAACAAGGAGAUUGUUUUGAAGAAAACUGCCGGAACUAAAGAACUGACCAUCAGGGCAAUAACUGGAGAUCUGACCCAGCUGGAGGUCGAUGUCUUGGUGAACACGACACAGACAGACCUGGAUCUCUCUGUGGGAGCUGUGUCAGGCUCCCUCCUUAACGCUGGGGGUCAGGUUCUUCAGGAUGAGUGUAGACAACAGCAUCCGCUGGGAGCUAAACCUGGCACUGUGGUACAGACUGGUGGAGGAAAACUGACAUGCAAGAAGGUGUUCCACGUCAUCCUAAAAGACUGGUCAGACGGGGACGAGAAAGCAGAGAAGACUUUUCUCGCAGUCGUCACUACGUCCUUGCAAGAGGCAUCCCGACAGCAGUUCACCUCUAUUGGUUUUCCCGUCCUGGGUACGGGGUAUGCUGGAUUUCCCGCAGAGAAGUCCACAAUCCUCAUGAUGAAGGCAUUCGUUAACUUCUUUCAGUGUACCGCGUAUACAUCACUGCGGGUUCUCUCUGUUGUUGUUCAUCCUAAAGACAGUGCAAUCAAAAAGAUCGUUGAAGACCAAGUUGGAGAGGGUGAACGGUUAGCAAGUAUGGCGAAAUUCAUCAUCAAAGCAGAUGGCACCCAGUUACCUGUAGGAGAGGAAACCCAUGUUGUUGCUGGUCAGGUGGUCGGCCAAAAGGAUCUCCUCCCCCGGGCUGCUUGUGUCAGUGGUGAAGAGGAAGCUAUGGCCGGAACUGAAGUCAAAUACAAAAAGCUGAAAUGUGGGGACAGGUACGACAUGACGCCAGACGACUACCACUACCGACUCGUGGAAUCUCAGUUCCACAGAUAUCUGUCAAAGGAUAAGGUGAAUAGACACAUCUUUCAGAUAACACAAGUUGUAUAUGUGGUGAAUCCAAAACAAAAGGAAGUUUUCAGUGUGGCGCAGGCACGGAUGCCGAAACAACAACCUGUACUAGCAUUUUAUGGAACUGCGAAAGAAAAUAUAAAAAGCAUAUGUCAAGACGGAUUUCAGCAACCAUGUUUCGGGAAUACAGUUUCAUUCAGUGAAUAUCCUCUAGUUUCAAUGAAGUCCAUGCAGAAAUCCAACGUGUUGCUUAUAUGCAAAAUCCUAAGAGCAAACGGACAGACUAUAGAUCUAGGGACAGAUAAGCCUGAUUCCUACUCCCUCGUACAUUCACCGGACAAAGCACUUGUCAUGCACAAAGAAGACUACCUACUUCCAUGUUACAUUGUAUACUUCGGUAUCGUCAAGAGAUUCAGACUCAAAGAAGAUCCCGCAAAUGUACUGAAGACUGCCGAUCCUCUCGCCUCCCCGGUUGCCGUGGCACAAAAUCACACCGGAACUAAACAGGCUGCACAACCAACUGUAGCAACACCAGUCGCUGGAAUGUCAACUGUAUCUGUUCCAAAGAUGGUCCUGUUAAUGAAGACUGAACCUAUGGAACUAAUACUUGGUGAUAUAUCACAUGAACAGGUUGAUGUGAUUGUGAGCAUAAUCGGAACUGAUGGGAAGUUUCUGCCUGGAAGUGUCACUUCCCCAGAAGCAGGAGGGAAGGGGCUGCAGGAAGAACUGACCAAGGCCUAUCCUUCUGGACUGCAAGUUGGCGCCAUAGGGCAAACCAAAGGAGGAACAUUACAAUGCAAGAGAGUGUUCCAUGUUGUACUGAGACAAUGGAUGAAUCCUAAUGAUGCCGCUGAGAAGGUUCUCAAAACGGUUGUCACUAAUUGUCUCGAGAUGGCUUCAAAGAAACAGUUCAAGUCCAUUGCUUUCCCUGCCCUUGGAUCCGGGCUGCACCGAUUCCCUGGGAAGCGAUCUGCCGACAUCAUGUUCACAGCAGUGGAAAGUUAUAUACAGAAGCAUAAAGGCACAUCAAUUAAGUCAAUCAAAAUCGUCCUUCAGACAUCAUCUGACGUCUUGCUGAGGAAGGACUUUGAAGGCAGGAUGGGGAAACGUCCAGUAGUGCAUGGGAAUACUGUCAGCAAGGAGGUUGUAUUGAAGAAACAAGUUGGAGCCAGUAAAGUGCUGACCGUAAGGGCAAUAGUUGGUGAUUUGGCCCAACUCACGGAUGAUGUUUUGGUGAAUACCACCCAAACUGACCUUAAUCUGUCCAUUGGUGCCGUGUCCAAUUCUCUUCUGAACACUGGAGGUCCAGUUCUGCAGACAGAGUGUAAACAGCAGCACCCGCAGGGAGUCAAACCAGGGACUGUCGUCCAGACUCAGGGUGGGAAACUCAAGUGCAAGAAAGUCUUCCACACAGUGCUGGAGGAAUGGGCAAAGAAGAGUGAAAAAACAGAGAAGGCCUUUCUGUCAGUCGUUACCACCUGCCUGCAAGAGGCCUCGAGACACAAACUCAAGUCCAUCGCUUUCCCUGUUCUCGGGACAGGCUAUGCUGGUUACCCAGCAGAAACAUCAGCACGGCUCAUGAUGAAGGCAGUCUUGGACUUCUUCAACAAAUCUUCUGAAACAUCACUGGAAGUAAUCUCAAUCGUUGUUCACUACAAGGAUGAGGUCGUCAGAAAGAUUGUGGAAUCACAAGUUGAAGAGAGUGAACAGCUGUUAAACAAGGCAAAGUAUAUUGUUCAAGCAGAUGGCUCCAAGGUAGCGGUUACCGGAAGUACCCAUGUUGUGGCGGGUCUGGUCGUCCGUCAGAAGGAUCUGUUCAGUCGGGCAUCUUAUGUCACCGGAGAACGGAAGGCGCUUGGUGGAUCUGAAGUGAAAUACUUCGAGCUGAAGCCCGAACCUCGCUGUAGCAUGACACCAGAAGACUACCAUUACAGACUGGUGGAGAGUCAGUUCUACAGGUACCUCUCGAAAGACACAGUGAAUCGACAUAUAUUUCAACUGACCAAAGUGGAAUACGUUGUGAAUCCCAAACAAGUCAAACAGUUCAGAUCGGCCCAGGAGAAAAUGUUCCAAAAAGAUGCUUCAUAUGGGGUUCCUGUUCUGGGUUUUCAUGGAACUUCAGAGGAAAACAUAAAGAGCAUCUGUGAGGAAGGAUUCCGUCAGCCAGACCACCCCUUCUUCGAAGAGACAACUGACGUCGGGUGGUACGGGAACGGCAUCUACUUCAGUGAAUACCCGCGGUUUGCCAUGAAUUACAUGCAGAAGACCAGCAAGCUACUCAUGUGUAAAGUCCUGAAGGGGAAGACCCUCGCGUGUAAAAAGUUAAAACUUGGGGCAGCAAAAGAACCAGGCUACGACUGCCACGUUGAUCCAUACGGCAGGGAAAUUGUCAUCUUUGAGGAGGACUGCAUUCUUCCAUGUUAUAUUUUGCAUUUCAACAUCUGCAAGAGAUUCAAAUUCAAAGAAGACAAGAAAUCCUCCAACGACAAUGAUGACACUGAGAUCGAGUACCUGGGUGAAAUGGAAAUGCAUAAGGGGGAACUCUUCCCUGGCUUUUGAACACACAGAAUGCUCUGGAACACAGAUUGUAGCACUAUUUACACAGAAUGCUCUGGAACACAGAUUGUAGCACUAUUUACACAGAAUGCUCUGGAACACAGAUUGUAGCACUAUUUACACAGAAUGCUCUGGAACAUAUACUCACACGCAAAAGAAACGCAAGUCGAGUAUGCAGUAUACAUGUUAUUUAUUUUCAACAGUAAAGACAAGAAAUACUAAUAGGGCAAGAUUGACAAUUUUUUUACUGAAGACAGUUUAAUGGAUUAAAAGGCAGAUGACAUAAUUGGUUUUUUUAAAUAUUAAGUGCUUACACAGUUUCCGGUCAAUACCUAAAAUGUCAGUCAGUACCUGGUGUGACCACCAUUAGCAUUGAUCACUGCCACACAUCUCCUGUACAUUGAGUGGAUCAGACGAUUUGUGAAGGCCCUAGGGAUCCUCCUGCACACAUCCAGAGCAGCUGUGCGUAGCUC